AAUUUAUGAUUUGUAUGAUAAUUUAUAAUUUAUUUGUAUCUUCCUGAACCUUAAUUACAUUCUUUAAGUACUAAUUGAAUGUACUGGUGUCAGCCGGGUAUAAAUAUGCUGAGCAUUUUUCUCUUGGAAAUUUUAUAACUAGUUAGUAGUAGUAGAAAUAUGUAAUUACUUAGAAUAAUUGGGCUUUGGGAGUUCCUUUUCAUGGAGUAAGGAUGAGAGAGUGUGAAUUAGCAGAAUUUUUACUGCUUUGGAAAGUAUUGUCGUAAGUCUGCUAUUUGCCUUUCUUUUUUAAACUACCAAUAACAAAUGCCUCUGAGUUGUCUCUACUCAUGUCUUUGGAUGUUAAAUGUGUUUUAAUCACAGUAAGGAAGCUGCCUUCAAAUCACACUGCAGGAUGGAUUAAAAAUAAUACUGUUGAUUAUGUGUUGAUUCAUAUUAACUUCAGUUUCAGAGAGUAACUGUUUCUGGCCCUGUUGUCAUUUUUGAAGUCCAUUUUACUACUUGGGCCCCAUUUGUUUUUAUUAUAAAAAUGAAUAAUUUUUUUUCUAACAUGAAUCCAGUGGUAUAAAACCCUGAAUACAUUGCUAGUUUGUGUUCACCUUUGUAUUCUCAGCUUAAUGACAUACUGUCUGGUAUUACUUAUAUUUAAAUGUUUGAUCUGAAACAAAAUUAAAUAGGGAUGAUCAUUUUCCUUUGACCCAGGCAUAUCCAAGUUUCUCUACCAGUUGACUCAUUUGAUUAGAGAAUGAUGCUAGUAAAAUUAUAGUUCUGGUUUUAUAGUCAUUUUUAGCUCAAACUUAGCUUCUCCACAACAUGGUAAAUCAGGAAAACAGUGGAUAGAUUAGCACCCAUUGUCAAUACUAGAAAAAUAAAUAAUUGGAGAAGAAAGAAUAGGUAAAAGGAUGGCUCUCUCUUUUUCUGACCUUUUCUAUUUUCUCCCCAUUUCUCUUGAGUUGUUGUUCUCAACUCAAUGGUGUAGAGGCUGCACACAGGUACAGCCAGACCUACGUCUUCCUGGGUUGCACAGAUCCUAGGAUACCUGUGUUACUCUCAGCCAAGCCCAUGAAGGGUAUGUCAGCAUCAGCUUGGUGUGGAUAGUGCCACUUCACCUUUCUCCUACUUGGCCCCAAGGAGAUGCUUCCAGGGAAAGACCAUGUUUGUAGAUUUAUUGGCUGUGGGAGGAAUGAUCGAUUCAACUAUGUGGUCAUGCAGUUGCAGGGUCGGAAUCUGGCAGAUCUUCGCCGUAGCCAGUCCCGAGGCACAUUCACCAUUAGUACUACUCUCCGGCUGGGUAGACAGAUUUUGGAGUCUAUUGAAAGCAUUCAUUCUGUGGGGUUCUUGCAUCGAGACAUCAAACCGUCGAACUUCGCUAUGGGCCGCUUUCCUAGUACAUGUAGGAAAUGUUACAUGCUUGAUUUUGGCUUGGCUCGACAGUUUACCAAUUCCUGUGGUGACGUCAGACCACCUCGAGCUGUGGCAGGCUUUCGAGGGACAGUUCGUUAUGCAUCAAUCAAUGCACAUCGGAACAGGGAAAUGGGAAGACAUGAUGACCUUUGGUCCUUAUUCUACAUGUUAGUGGAGUUUGUGGUUGGUCAGCUGCCAUGGAGAAAAAUAAAGGACAAGGAGCAAGUAGGCUCUAUUAAGGAGAGAUAUGACCACAGGCUCAUGCUGAAACAUCUCCCUCCAGAAUUCAGCAUCUUUCUAGACCAUAUCUCUUCUUUGGAUUAUUUUACAAAACCAGACUACCAGCUUCUUACAUCCGUGUUUGACAAUAGCAUCAAGACUUUUGGAGUAAUUGAGAGUGACCCAUUUGACUGGGAGAAGACUGGAAAUGAUGGCUCCCUAACAACCACUACUACUUCUACCACCCCUCAGUUGCACACUCGCUUGACCCCUGCUGCAAUCGGAAUUGCCAAUGCCACUCCCAUCCCAGGAGACUUGCUUCGGGAAAAUACAGAUGAGGUAUUUCCAGAUGAACAGCUUAGCGAUGGAGAAAAUGGCAUCCCUGUUGGUGUGUCACCAGAUAAAUUGCCUGGAUCUCUGGGUCACCCCCGUCCCCAGGAGAAGGAUGUUUGGGAAGAGAUGGAUGCCAACAAAAACAAGAUAAAGCUUGGAAUUUGUAAGGCUGCUACUGAAGAGGAGAACAGCCAUGGCCAGGCAAAUGGUCUUCUCAAUGCUCCAAGCCUUGGGUCACCAAUUCGUGUCCGCUCAGAGAUUACUCAGCCAGACAGAGAUAUUCCAUUGGUGCGAAAGUUACGUUCCAUCCACAGCUUUGAGCUGGAAAAACGUCUGACCCUGGAGCCAAAGCCAGACACUGACAAGUUCCUUGAGACCUGCCUGGAGAAAAUGCAGAAAGAUACCAGUGCAGGAAAAGAAUCUAUUCUCCCUGCUCUGCUGCAUAAGCCUUGUGUUCCUGCUGUGUCCCGUACUGACCAUAUCUGGCACUAUGAUGAAGAAUAUCUUCCAGAUGUCUCCAAGCCUGCUUCUGCCAACACCCCUGAGCAGGCAGAUGGUGGUGGCAGCAAUGGAUUUAUAGCCGUUAACCUGAGCUCUUGCAAGCAAGAGAUUGAUUCCAAAGAAUGGGUGAUUGUGGACAAGGAGCAGGACCUUCAGGAUUUUAGGACAAAUGAGGCUGUAGGACAUAAAACAACUGGAAGUCCUUCUGAUGAGGAGCCUGAAGUACUUCAAGUCCUGGAGGCAUCACCUCAAGAUGAAAAGCUCCAGUUAGGUCCUUGGGCAGAAAAUGAUCAUUUAAAGAAGGAAACCUCAGGUGUGGUCUUAGCACUUUCUGCAGAGGGUCCUCCUACUGCUGCUUCGGAACAGUAUACAGAUAGGCUGGAACUCCAGCCUGGAGCUGCUAGUCAGUUUAUUGCAGCGACGCCCACAAGUCUAAUGGAGGCACAGGCAGAAGGACCCCUUACAGCGAUUACAAUUCCUAGACCUUCUGUGGCAUCUACACAGUCAACUUCAGGAAGCUUUCACUAUGGUCAGCAGCCAGAGAAGAAAGAUCUUCAGCCCAUGGAGCCCACUGUGGAACUUUACUCUCCAAGGGAAAACUUCUCUGGCUUGGCUGUGACAGAGGGUGAACCUCCUAGUGGAGGAAGCAGAACAGAUUUGGGGCUUCAGAUAGAUCACAUUGGUCAUGACGUGUUACCCAACAUUAGAGAAAGUAACAAAUCUCAAGACCUGGGACCAAAAGAACUUCCUGAUCAUAACAGACUAGUUGUGAGAGAAUUUGAAAAUCUCCCUGGGGAAACUGAAGAGAAAAGCAUCCUUUUAGAGUCAGAUAAUGAAGAUGAGAAAUUAAGUAGAGGGCAGCAUUGUAUGGAGAUCUCCUCUCUCCCAGGAGAUUUGGUAAUUGUGGAAAAGGAUCACUCAGCUACUACUGAACCUCUUCAUGUGACAAAAACACAGACUUUUAGUGUGGUGCCAAAUCAAGACAAAAAUAAUGAGAUAAUGAAGCUUCUGACAGUUGGAACUUCAGAAAUUUCUCCCAGAGACAUUGACCCACAUGUUGAAGGUCAGAUAGGCCAGGUGGCAGAAAUACAAAAAAAUAAGGUAUCUAAGGAUGAUGACAUCAUGAGUGAAGACUUGCCGGGUCAUCAAGGAGACCUCUCUACUUUUUUGCACCAAGAGGGUAAGAGAGAGAAAAUUGCCCCUAGAAAUGGAGAACUAUUUCAUUGUGUUUCAGAGAAUGAACAUGGUGCCCCAACCCGGAAGGAUAUGGUUAGGUCAUCCUUUGUAACUAGACACAGCCGAAUCCCUGUUUUGGCACAAGAGAUCGACUCAACUUUGGAAUCAUCCUCUUCGGUUUCUGCAAAAGAAAAGCUCCUCCAAAAGAAAGCUUAUCAGCCAGACCUAGUCAAGCUUCUGGUGGAAAAAAGACAAUUCAAGUCCUUCCUUGGCGACCUCUCAAGUGCCUCUGAUAAAUUGCUAGAGGAGAAACUAGCUACUGUUCCUGCUACCUUUUGUGAGGAGGAAGUGCUCACUCCCUUUUCAAGACUGACAGUAGAUUCUCACCUGAGUAGGUCAGCUGAAGAUAGCUUUCUGUCACCCAUCAUCUCCCAGUCUAGAAAGAGCAAAAUUCCAAGGCCAGUUUCAUGGGUCAACACAGAUCAAGUCAAUAGCUCAACUUCAUCUCAGUUCUUUCCUCGGCCACCACCAGGAAAGCCACCCACGAGGCCUGGAGUAGAAGCCAGGCUACGCAGAUACAAAGUCCUAGGGAGUAGUAACUCCGACUCAGACCUUUUCUCCCGCCUGGCCCAAAUUCUUCAAAAUGGAUCUCAGAAACCCCGGAGCACUACUCAGUCCAAGAGUCCAGGAUCUCCUCACAAUCCAAAAACACCACCCAAGAGUCCAGUUGUCCCUCGCAGGAGUCCCAGUGCCUCUCCUCGAAGUUCAUCCUUGCCUCGCACGUCUAGUUCCUCACCAUCUAGGGCUGGACGGCCCCACCAUGACCAGAGGAGUUCAUCCCCACAUCUGGGGAGAAGCAAGUCACCUCCCAGCCACUCAGGAUCUUCCUCCUCCAGGAGGUCCUGCCAACAGGAGCAUUGCAAACCCAGCAAGAAUGGCCUGAAAGGAUCCGGCAGCCUUCACCACCACUCAGCCAGCACUAAAACCCCCCCAGGGAAGACUAAGCCAGCCAGUAAACUCAGCAGAUAGGAGCCAGGCGGCAUCUCUUUGAAAGGUGUGAGAUCUUCCUCCUAAACCUGAUGCAUGUGUGUCCCUGUACUGUCUACUUAAAAAAAUCAGUGUUGAUCUUCUCUUUCAAAAGAAAGUAAUAUGAUCAAUUAUUUAUAAGAAGACAUAAAUACAUGAUAAGGAAUAACCUAAGGCAGGCAGCAAGCAGAUUAGGAAUCAAUGUCUUUGUACAAGAAGGAAAAACAGAGCAAAAAUCCAAGGGGGAGAAACUCAUUAAAAUGAGCUCUCAUUUUUUAAGCUGCCUUUGAAACAAAAGAGUUGAGGAUAGGAGAUAGAAUGAAAUUUUAGGGGGGUUGCCUAAUUUUUUUAAGCCUCAACUCAAAGAUUAUAUAGCAAAAGUGAAACUUCUUGUUUGAUAUUUUCAUUCAAAACUUUCCCCCCCUGGAGAGUCAUUGGUCAGAUAUUAGAUUUUGUAAGAAGUCUGUUGCCAGGGAGCCAGUACUCAUGUAUAUUUGGCUUGUGUGUUUAUUUCGUGUAUUGAGAAUGAACACCUUUCCUUUGCCUCAUUCCCAGUACCCUCCCUGGAGUUCAGAUUUUUUUUUUAAAGUUUAGUAUGUCUCAUCUGACUCAGUCUCUCUGCUUUUAUUUUAUGGUCCUAAUUGUACUAUCAAAUCCAAUUACUUUUUUUCAGGUCCCUGAUUUUGUUUUUUUUUUAGAGUAACAGGUCUUAACCUACUACGUUUUUAUUAUGAAAAAUAAGAAACUUAGGUAAAGGAAAGAAAAGUCUAACUAGAGCUACUUUGCAGGCUUUAGUGUUUAGGGAGAGAAAGUAAGUGUGGGGUAAUAGCCUUCAAGAUAGAAGAUGCCCCUUCCUCCCUGUUAAGUGUCCUCCUUUAGAAACUUGAGAAGGAAACUGGCCAGAGUGAGCUGCUUCCUUGAGUCUUCUGGGCUCCAGCUGUCUGUGGUAUCAGCCUCCAGGACGAUACAAGGGAAGCAAUGCUUUGGAAUGUGACUUGAGAUUUAGAAAUCAAUUAGAUAUAUUAUUGAGGCUUAGAAUCCUCAAACUUUGUAUUUUCUACAUUUAGCCAAUAAGGAAUUAAUAUCUGGGGAAAAAUUUAGGCUAAAUAUUUCUUUUUUAAUGUUUUAUUACCUGCUUCUCCUGUGUUUUAGUUCAAUAUUUGGGCUUCUUGGCCUGAUUUUCAUAUAAUCUCAAUUCAUGAAGCUGUAAAGAGAAAGAUACUUGUUCUAAUCUCACUCUUCUAAUAGGAAUCAGGCAAAAAGUCUACCAGACUUUUAAAAUGGGCUCUUUUAUACUCUCUAGGUGUUUUGUGUUGUAAAGACCUUAUUAAGGUCAGGUAAAUUGGUCUGCUUGCUGUUGAAAUUUGCCUUCUAGCAAACAUCUGUGCUUUCUGUUUGACCUUGUGUUUGCUGCCAAACCUAACACAGUUGAAUUGGGAAACAAAAAAAAAAGAAAGAAAUACAUUUCCUCCCCAAGUGAACAUCUUCUAAUGCUGCAUCAAAGCUGCCCUGAAGCUGCACUGAACUUCUCUUGUUCUUUAUCUGUGUUGAGCUUUUUAAAAAAACAAACUCAGAACACCAUUGAGGCAUAUAACGUCUCUUAUAAGAAAUGUAGCAUAGUGUGGAAUCUUAAUUUCUCUCCAGUUUCAAACACUACAGAGGAAUGCAAUAGAUAAGACAUAUUUGCUGUUUAUCUAAAGCAACUGUAAUAUUGGAAGUCCAGUCCUUCUGUAUUAUAUUGUAUAAUAGUUGCUGUAACACUACUUGCAUGUCUUCAUGGUAAAUUAUAUAAAUAUUUAUAAAUAUAUAGAGAGACAUAUCCUUAUAUAGACUCAUUCUUUGUCAUUCUCCAUUUGUAAUUUCGAGAUCACAGAUGGCGAAAUUCCUUUUCUAUUGUGUGCCUCAUGUAUACUUGGGCCUUGCCUAUCUUCAUUUUCUGAAAAUAUGUUCUUGGCAUGUGACACCUCAGAGUCUUCUUGCCUUCCCUGUGUACAAUGCAAGGGUUGGCAGUAUUUAACAAGCCAAGAUAGGUUCUUUAAUUUAAUUUUCAUUUCAAAAAGAUUUUAAUAGGGAAAAACUUACGGGGACAUGCUUGUAAUACUGGUUCAAAGAUUUGUCACGUUAAUCACAUAGUUCUCUCCUUAUAGUUACAGUGGAUAAACUGGGAUGAUAAUGAUGAGUCUGACAGAUUUUAGAAACAUUUCUUAAAAAUUGCCAUUCUACUUUCCUCUUUUCAUCUCAUUUUUUUUGCAGGGGGUUGGGGGAAUAAUGAAGAAAUUAUCAUAUUUCUGUUGCUAAAAGUAGCUAGCUUUAAAUCCCGACCCCUUUAGUCAGAAAUAUGCUAGUAGUAAUCAUUGGAAAAGCUGAUGAGGCUACAACUGUGGUAUGUGUGUGAGAUUUUAUUUCUUACUGGCAUUUCUCUGCCGGCGGUUGGAACUGACAGCGAUGGGAACGUGGCAACUGAAUGUUUUCUCUCUUUCUUGGUUCCUUCCAUUUUUAUCUCAGCUUUUCUAGUGUGUUGUCCCCUUUUCUAAAUGGCCUUGAUGAACUCAUCAAGAUCCAGAGAGAAACAGUCUCAUCGUGUAAGAAUAUGUUAUUUUGCAUGUAGAGGAAAGAAUUAACCAAAGACGUUUCUGCUCUGAUACUUUCAAAAGAAAACAGACUAAUUAUAUCAUAGGUGGUAUCAGUAGGUCCGCUUAUAAGUACCGUCCUAUGUAGACAUUUACUUUUUGGUUUUUACAAGCAUAGUUUGUACUUUUAGAUGUCUGUCAGGCGAAAAAUAGAAGUUGGCAGCCCUGAGCAAGCACCUGUGACGCAGGGAUUUUUAUUUUUGUUUUAAAGUAUGAUACAGAGAAUGAGGUUUUUGGUUUGAUUCGGUUUGGUUGUGUUUUUUAGUUCUUUAUUUUUUAUUUGGGGGUUCUCUUAGUGAUGGCAUAUUUCAGGUUUCAGUGACGUAGAUCAAGUAAUUUUAAACUGAUUUGGUUAUUCUACCUAAGAUGAGGGACAUGGCUAUUAAGGUCAAGCCAAACUAUGCUAAAAGUAGUAUAGGGCAGCAGUUAAAAUUAUCUUUUGAAAAUCAAGUACUGCCUGGUUUCUUCUGUCACAAUAGAAUAGCCGGUUACCUAGUCAGUCACGGUUGCCCUCGCCUUCCCUUGUUAGUCCCUGGAAGUACUUGAGUGGAACAGAAGGUAGAAUUAGCAACAGCUCAAUCACUUUAGGUAGCAUUUCUCCUGAAUUCUGCUGCCAAAUCCCCAGGGUCUAUGAAUUGGUUGAAAUAGUAAAAUCAUACAUUGUGAUUUCUUGCACAGCAUAGAGGCAUUUAAUUUUAGUGGAUAGUGAACAAAGAAGGAAAACUGGGUCAUAUAAAAUUUAACCUUAAAACACAGAUUAUAAAUGUCUUUGAAUGUUAAGCCGUAGGCAGACAGGUACUCUCAUUCUUAACUCUGGUAUGCAAGCUGGCCUUGCUGACAGUGGCACAGUUACAUUAACUGUUUUCUAAGUUGCAUGUUGUGACGUGAAUGUUUUUUGUAGAAGUUGCCAAGUUAAUCGAGUCCUACAUAAGUAGCAAAAUGGUAAUUGACACCCACUGUAGUCAUUACUCACUUUAUAUUAUUUGCUUUCAAACACUAAAGCCUCGGCUGCUAAUUCAGCACUUAGGUGUGCAGCGUCUCCUUCUCCUGACUCCUAGCCAUGAUGGGAACUUGAGGUUCUUCAGCAUCAUCAGAGAUUUCUUCCAGGCCACAUAUUUUUUAUGCUAAUAUUUCUAUAGUUGCAUUCAGUCUACAAGGAGAAAGUGUACAUUGGUGCAUGUUUUACAAACUCAGACACAGAUAGCUAAAACCAUAAUUAGUUUUUCUAUACCCAAGAGCUUUGAAUUAAAAACAGACGCUUUAUUUUUCCCAAGAGCAGACAAUUCUACAUUCUAACAUGACAUUAGGAAUUGGUGAUAGGAGAAGCAGAAUUCAGAACGAUUUAGUGAGACUCAGGGAAAAAAUGCAUUUUCCCCUGGCUGUUUGAAAAUUUAUUUAUUUGUAGAUAAGUCUAGAUUUAGUCUUGAAGAUCAAAGUUUUUUAUACGUUAAAAACAUAUUCCUUUAUAUUGAUCAAAACAUGGCAUAUGUUAGACUUCUGUCAUGUUUAUGUAUUUUGGAAUUAAGUUAUUUGCAUUCACUUUCAAAAUCUGCCCAUUUCUGUUUAUGUGCACUUACCACAGAUGUGUGGGGACUUUGCCUCAGGGUAGAGGUACUUUAGCACCUGUGUCACUGAGGAGAUGGAGUGGUUGACAAGUACUGUUGCACUGUGUAACUUGGGGUUUGGCUCUGUAGACAAUAUAUUAGCAGAAUGAUACCACAUGAAAGUAUUACAGGAUUAAGGCAUGUAACUUCUAUGGUAGUCCUUAUGUAUCAGCAUAUACCCAAGUUCAGAAACCACAGGUGCAUUUUUAGACCUUUACUUAGAGAACUAAAGGCAGUUCCAACCAUCAGCCCAUAUGGGGGGAUUAAUGCAUGAAAACCCUAAGAGGUUGUUGGGACAUUCCACUUCCCUGUCCUCACCCAGUGGAACUCUGGUGUGUGACUUGAGAUAAGGAAGUAGAUAGAAACUUAGCCUGUCAUUGAGUAUUCUUAAUAUUUUGGCCUUCCCUCUGGAAUUAUGAGAAGUUUAACAAAGUCUCAGGAACCUUCAGAGUCCAUUACCCACACUGCUUAGAAAAACUGUAGGAGGCACAUGGGGAAUUCCUGUAGUUCUUAGGUAAGCCCAGGACACGGCACAGGGAUCCCCAGCCACAUAAAGGGGAGUCUGGAUGCUGCACACCGCAAGUCUGAGAAAUCCCUGACUGAACGUGGAAUUAUGACAGUAAAGUUUUGGCCCUUUAGUUUUCUAGAGCAGCUCACAGAAAUUUUAAAAAGUAAAACAAGGCCAGGCGCAGUGGCUCAACGCCUGUAAUCCCAGCACUUUGGGACGCUGAGGCGGGCAGAUCACGAGGUGAGGAGAUCGAGACCAUCCUGGCUAACAGGGUGAAACCCCGUCUCUACUGAAAAUACAAAAAAUUAGCCAGGUGUGGUGGCGGGCGCCCAUAGUCCCAGCUACUCGGGAGGCUGAGGCAGGAGAAUCACUUGAACCCGGGAGGCAGAGGAUUACAGUGAGCCAAGAUCACAUCACUGCACUCCAGCCUGGGCGACAGAGCAAGAGUCCGUCUCAAAAAAAAAA